AUUGCGGAAGUUGGAAGCCGUUUGGUUUCCCCUACAUUUUCAGGCUGACAUGUUUUUAAUUUGCAGCAUUUAAUAGUAACUUUUGAACCAUGUCAAUAUUUUAAAAUACCAGCUAAAAUCGAAGACUUCAAGUUAAUCUUGCGUUAUGAAAGUGACAUGUGAAUAAAAGACUAUCGUAGUCGGUACAGUAGCCAUAUCUGUGGAUUAUAACAUAAUUAUGAUUGAAAAAGCUGAUAUUAAAAAAAUGCUGCGUCGUUUAUUGUCAGUGAGACUUAGGUUUGGAUCAGAUCGCACUGGGUUCUGCCUGGGAUCAGCUUUAUUUCUAAUAUUGAUGCUGUUGGUGUAUUAUUGGGGUAUCCAGGCAAGUCUCCGCAUUGGUCCAGGAGGAGACUUUCCAAGUAUCACAGAUGUGUUUCUGUAUGCUCUGAGUCAUGAUGACCUAUCUUCUCUGCUGGUCAGUGUUACUCUCCUGCUGCUGUUUGGACCACAUCAGGAGCAACACUGGGGAACAGUUGCUUUGCUGGCCCUGUCUAUCCUCACAAUGAUCAUACUGCCUUUAGUUUACACCCUGGGUAUCUUUGUGUGUGGAGGUGAGGCUAGUCGAAUUUGUGGUUUCUCUGCCAUCCAACUGGCUUUGUUUACAGCACAGUGUCGACAGGCGAAACAGCGGAGGCUCCUAAGAUGUUUGCCAGUCUGGUUCCUCCCCUGGCUUCUUUUGCUUAUUGGCUUGCUGCUGUUACCAGGGACACCUGCCCUGCUUCACUUCUGUGCAAUAUGUGUUGGACACAACUAUGGUCAGCACUUUAUUGGGAUGUUGCAGGAACUGGGGGAGUUCAAGUGUUUGGAUUUCAUCCCUGACUGGCUAUAUGUUCCAACCUUGGCCAGGUUCAGAUUGCCGACCUACACAACCUCACAUAGCUCACUUCCCCAGUUUACUCCUGUAGAUCAGCCAAAUGUGCCCCCAGUUAGCAUAGCUUUCAACCAACACUCAUGGAUGGAACCAUUACCUGCUUGGAUAGUGGAAGAAUCUACUGCACUGUCUAAGGCAGAGGUGCUGGAAGAGCAGAUGCUAAGGGCAGGAAUACUAGCCUCUUUAGAAGAUGCUCCUGAGGAGGACCCAGAUGCAAAAGUCGAAGUACCUAAAUCAUCUGUUUCCUCUCUGCGACUCCAGCAGCUGGAGAAGAUGGGCUUCCCCACAGAAAAGGCUGUGGUGGCAUUAGCUGCAUCAAAGCAGCUAGAUGGCGCCAUUUCCCUGCUUAUUGAGGACAGCAUUGGCGAGAAAGCGGUGGUGGUAUCCAAAGGGAAGAACCCUCCACCACUGCAAAGAACUUAAAUAACCUCAUACUUCUAGAAUGAGCCUGUUAGAGUUUUUGAACUUGACUUACACUACGCUUGGGUUUUGCUGAGCUUCUGUAUUCUCCCUGUGGGCCAUAUAUUGAACUGUUUUGUGUUAAAAAGUCCUCUGGAAAAUGGAGAUGUAAGAUUAUGUGAUCUCUAAUUAAGUACAUGCAAACUG